AGAUGUGACACCUCGCGGUCAAUGUUAGCGGGGAUGCGAUAUUUUCCGGUAAAGUAGUUUUGGCAGUUUUUUGAGACGUGGUGUACGGGAAAAAUACGUGUAUAAUGUAAAAUUGGUUUCCUCAAACGCUAAUCGAUUACGCUAAUUUAUGGCUCGCGUCGUUGCUCGAACCGCGAUAAACUCUUGUGAAUCCUAUCCGUGAUCGUUGUGCACAUUAUAGUACCAUAUAUAAGAUAGGGCGCUCCGAACCGUAUUAAAACAUCGAUCGGUGCAGUGAAAGUGAUAAAAAGCAACGAAAUUCAAGUGUUUUUUCACCAUGUAGUCGUUACGUCUUCCUCAAUAGACCUUUAAGCUUGUAUCGCAAUCCACUUUUUGCGUUUUUCACGUACAAGGUUAAAGCGCUCUGAUUCACAAUUAUUGCAUCUGACCAGGCCAAUAAUAAAUAAAAAUGAGUGGGGAUAUGUUUGAGGGAAAGGAUUACCCAACCCAAUGGGCCCUAAAUCCUUCCGCUUACCAAAACAUGAGUAACGAUCAAGUCGACUGGGCUGCAUUAGCUCAGCAAUGGAUCAAAAUGAAAGAGACCGUAGUGCCACCGGCACCGCCUCCACCUACUAUUAAUCCUGUGUGUUCUGGGACUGAUGGUAGUGGAGAAGCUCCUAUGGACAUGGACACAAAAGAUGAUGACAUACCACCAGCACCACCUGCACCUACGAUCAGUGGAUCAGCUGAAGGUUGGAACCAAUGGAAUCAGUGGGGUCAUUGGAACAGCUCAGGUUCUGGUGCUGGUACUUGGGAGUGGACUGGUGUACCACCACCCGGUGUUUCUAUAGGUUCUGAUGGGAAACCUAUGGGAAUUCCCACAGUACCAGUCAUUCCACCUGCUCCAACUAUAUCUACUACUACAGAAUUUAGUGUACCACCUCCAGCAGCACCAUCACUAUAUUCUUAUAACUCAGUACCUCCAACACAACCUUAUAGUCAGGUCAGUAGUUUUUGGUCUGGUGAACCACCUGCUUCAAUACCUCCUCAACCACCUCCUUUCAUGAAAGGAGUUAGACAUGCAAAUAGAGCACCACAUCUGAGACCUAUAGAUAAUGUACGGUGUCGGGAAGAUAGAGAAAAGACACCAGAGGAAGAUACAACUACAACAAUAGACGCGGCAAAACGUAGACAGUUACCAGCAUGGAUUAGGGAGGGUUUAGAAAAGAUGGAAAAAGAGAAACAGAAAGCUGUUGAAAGAGAAAGACAGGAAAUUCUAAGGAAACAAGAGCUGGAAGCCAGAAAACAAGCUGAAGAUGAAGCUCGGGCAGUUCUGAAUCCUUCUAAAAGCAAAUUUGACUCCGAUUCUGAGAAGGAAACAGAGCAAGAAGCUGAUGAGGGAGUACGUAAUCAGCAAGUGGUUGAGAAAAAUUUCGAACGUAGCCAAGAUAUUCUUCUUCGACCGCGAAAAUCGCGAUUUCGAGACGCAGAUUCACCGGAUGCUCAUACCCAUACCGAUAGGAGUCCAACCACCCCUAACACGACUCUAAGUACACCCAAGCGAACCAGAGAGGAAAUUCUACAAGAUGCGAUGUUGAAGGUGCGGAGAUCCCUAACGGAAAUUCUUCUGGAGGUAACGAACGAAGAAAUCGGUUCUAUAUGCAGAGAGGUUUGGAGCCGCGCACGUGCCAAAGUCCCUGCAGGAGAGACCCCCGUCGCAUCCUUCAACAACAUGGCCCCUCUUGCUCAGAUCACUCGUAAGCUUGGUCUGGGCAUCUAUGGCGACAGCAACAGCGAGUCUGAGGAGGAGCAGAGCGAACACGUCCAGGCUCAAAACAACGACAGCGACGAGGAGCUGAUAGAAACGUUGAGACGGCGGCAACAAGCGUUCAAAAAGACGGAGGAGGAAAUCGAGGCGCGUCUAGCGGAGGAGGAUGAGAGGGAUGAGCAACGUUACGAGGAGCAUUAUAAUAAACAACAGGAAAAUCAUACUGGUAAUACAAGCUGCAAGGACACAGUUGAUGAAAAAGAAACGGUAAAUAAUCAAAGAGAAGCGUCUGAAACUUUAUCGAGCGGCGGACAAAGUCCACAGCAACAAAGCGUGCCGCCUGAUACAGCAAAGACCGAUACUCCAUCGGGAUCAGCCGAUUCCGAAUCUAGCAGUUCCGAGUCGACGAGCUCUGACUCGAGUCGCACCUCGGCGAAGAAGAAGAGAUCGAGCAAAGUCCGUGAACGUGAUUAUCGAAAGAGGAAGUCGAAGAGUAGGAGUAAAUCGAGAGGCAGGAAGUCUCGAUCCCGUUCAUCCGAGCGUGGUCGCAGACGCAAAUCCAGGUCCAGAUCGAUAAAGUCUUCACGUAAAGAGUAUCGUUCAAGGUCUUCGAGCAAUUAUAGGUCCGGGAAGAAGCAUAGAUCGCGAUCGAGAAACCGAAAACGGCGCAGAUCCCGCUCGAGGAGCUGCCGUAGAUCUAGAUCCGUCUCGGCCGCGAGGAAAUGGUCACGCUCGCGUUCCCGGGGGAAGAGGAAGUCCCGUUCUCAUUCGAGGAGCAGAAGACGCAGUAGGUCCUACUCUGUCAGACGCAGUAAAUCUCGCGCCAGGGAUAAACGAAGGACACGAUCACGAUCCAAGGGCAGAGACAGAACUCGCUCACGUUCCAAGGACCGCAAGCGUUCUGAAUCUUACGUUUCCAGGAGCAAGAGGAGGAGUCGAUCUAGAUCUAGGGAUCAUAGGAAAUCACGAUCGAGAUCAAGGCAGCCGAAUCACCGGGAUGGUAAGAAAUCGUCCUCCCAUCGGUACAGGAAUUGAACCUGACCAACUUCUAGCCAAGGUUGUAUAUAAAUAUUCAUAUUAAUAACUUUUUCGAAAUAUUCGUGCAUACAGAAAAACAAAGGAGAGAGAAGUAACGAGAGAUACUUUUUUGUUCUCCAUAGAUAUAUAAAUAUAUAUUAUAUAUAUAUAUAUAUAUAUAGACACAUCGGAAGCAAAGUUUUUCAUUGUGAUUGUCCAUUAAAAUUUUUCCAUGCGCGCGUUAACAAUAUCGAAUCGAUUAGAUGACUUCUGUCUAAUUCAUUAGGCACGUUAACUUGUAAUAAUAAUAAUGUCCAGCCAGUUUUGUAAUUAUAUCAAAAGAACAUCAGACUUUUUA